UUUACGUAAAUUGGGAGAAAGCACAGUGAACAAAAGCGACCCACCACCAUCGCCAUUUGCUCGUGUCACGCUUUUUAGUUCUACAGAAACGCGUGUUUGGACGAAGACGAACACCCGCACCUUCGCAAACACCCAUUCUCCACAGGGAGUCAAACCCCAUCGAACCUGCUUCGUUUCACUCACGAUCACCAGGGAAUGACAGCAGAGGAAGAUAUUGACCUGUCAACUUUGACGUCUCAGCUAAGCCAAACACAUCUAGUGUGGAAGAAGGAGAUGGAACAGCGCCAAACCCAGGUGGAUGUAUUGCAAACAAAACUUGUGGAGGUAAGGGCUUGUAUACAAGGGUCUGAGGAGGAUUCAAAGAAGGAGUUAGAUGUUCUUUGGCGAAGAGUCAAAACUAUGGCUAUAUUAUUGACAUACUUGAAAUCAAAAGCAAGAAUCAUGGCUGUUCCUCAUUUGGCCCAUACAUCUUGUGGUAUCAAACAAUUAGAAGGGGUGGGGCUUGUUGACAAAAAUGGCACACCAUUGUCCAGUUGGUCUAAGAAUGCUGAUCUUUCUUCCUUUGAUAGUUUAGAUGAUGAAUCAUGGCUUGAAAUUCGUAAGCGGCAUGGCUCCUUUGAUGAACAAGAUGGAGCUUAUAUUGGUGAAAUACUCAAGUCUGUGCAGAUGGUUGCUGAUGUAAUGGAAACUCUAGUAAAGAGGGUUAUUAUGGCAGAAGCUGAAACUGCAGUUGAGAAGGAGAAGGUAACUUUUAGUCAGGAAGAAAUUAAAAAGAAGGCACACCAAAUUGAAAACAUGUCUUCAAAGUUAGAGGAGAUGGAAAGGUUUGCCCUGGGUACAAAUUGUAUUCUAAAUGAGAUGAGGCAGAGGGUUGAAGAUUUGGUGGAUGAAACAUCCAGGCAGAGGCAACGAGCUGCAGAAAAUGAGCAGGAGCUUUCCCGUGUAAAGCAGGACUUUGAGUCUCUGAAAUCCUACGUUAGUAGUCUCAUCAGUGUAAGAGAGACACUGCUGUCAUCAGAGAAGCAAUUUCAAACUAUUGAGAGGCUUUUUGAACGGCUAGUUGCAAAGACAACACAGCUGGAGGGUGAAAAAAAGCAGAAAGAGACUGAAGUCCAGAAACUUAUGGAAGAAAAUGUGAGGUUGAGUGCUCUUCUUGACAAGAAGGAGGCCCAACUCUUGGCCAUGAAUGAACAGUACAAGUUAAUGGCCCUGAGCUCUUCCAACAUUUAAUUUGGUAAAAAUUAUCCUUUGCGGUGCCUGUUGGCUCCCUCUGCAAGGUUGUUUGGCUAAAAGCCACCUGCUUGCUUUCUGGAGAAGAGUUGUGUGAGGAAAUGAAUGAAAGUGGAUUGUGAAGAAGACUCCCUCGGAUCUUUCCUUCAAAAUGUAACAUUGUGAAGAGCCUGCUGAGCUUUUAUUAUCUAGUGCUGUUACUCUCCUGUUGUUAAAACUUUGAUUGGCAUGUUAAUCAAUUAGUUCAGAUGCCGUGUGCAUCUUUGCUGAA